GAAAUGUGGUUAAGAAAAUAAUGAUAUCUUGCUUUGUCGUUACUUUAAUGCAAUAUUUAAACAGUACUAUCAUUUGCAUUUUUUUUCGUAAUCCGCAAAUUUUGGUAUUUCGACCCCUUUAAAAAUAUUGAACUCCAGUGUUGUAUAUCAAAAGCUACUCAAGGGGUCAGUGUGCACUAAGAAAUGAGAAAACACGCAUACUCUCCACCCCUUUAUUUCAGCAGAUGUAAAGCCUGCUUCCAGUUUUGUGCUGCACUAGGUUUUAUCUGCUUGGGAAAUGUCUGCAUGACAAUAUUGUAAUAUCCGUGGAGAUCACGAAUUCGUCUCAAAUAUUUAUUUAUUUGUUUUUUCGAAUUAAAUGCUAGUCUCUUUUUUAUUCUUGUUGCCAUAAUGGGGGACGGUAGAUUUGCGUUGCACUUCGGCAUUGCUUUCAUUUCUCUUUUCCUCCGCACCGCAAAUGGAGACGUGAGCUACUUGAUUCCCGAGGAAAUGAAACGUGGAUCUGUAAUCGGAAAUAUCGCUAAAGAUCUGGGACUUGAUUUGGGAAGACUCUCUGCUCGUAAUGCCCGCAUUGAUACCGAGGAUAAUAGUAUUCAGCACUGUGGCGUAAAUCUCAAUACCGGAGACAUGAUUGUGCAAGAACGGAUUGAUAGAGAAGAGCUUUGUGCAAAAAGGCCAUCGUGUGUUUUAAAACAGGAGCUGGUACUGGAAAACCCACUGGAACUGCACCGUAUUAGUAUCCACGUUCAAGACAUUAACGACAAUUCACCACAAUUUCCAGAGGAUUCACUUAAGAUGGAAAUUCAGGAAUCGGCCGUCAAAGGCGCACGUUUUCCCCUGGAUGAGGCCCAUGAUGGCGACAUCGGAGAAAAUUCAGUUCAGGCUUACGCCCUUCAACAGAAUGACUAUUUCAAGUUAAACGUGAAAACGAAAGACGGGGGACGAAAAUACUGUGAACUAGUUUUAGACGAAGAGUUGGACAGAGAAGACAAAAACGAGAUAGUGUUGUUACUUACCGCAUUUGAUGGAGGCUCUCCUCAGAGAUCAGGCAGUGUGGAAAUACACGUUACUGUGCUGGAUGCUAAUGAUAAUGCACCAGUAUUUAGCCAGACUGUCUAUAAAGCCAGUCUGCCUGAAAACUCUCCUUUGGACUCAUUGGUGAUCACAGUGAGUGCUACUGAUGCAGAUAUGGGGCUCUAUGGUGAAGUCAGUUACAGUUUUAGCCAUGUUUCUGGUCAGCAUAGUAAUAUGUUUUCAUUACAUCCUAAAACUGGAGAGGUGAGAGUAGUUAGAGCUAUUGAUUAUGAAAGAGCUUCAUUGUAUGAAAUGCAGAUUAACGCAAAAGAUGGUCUGGGCUUAGCCUCAUAUGCAACUUUAAUUAUUGAAGUUACUGACAUAAAUGAUAAUGCCCCAGUUAUACAACUGAAAUCACUGUCUAACCCCAUACCUGAGAACGUGUCACCUGGCACAGAGGUGGGCAUCGUUAACGUACAGGACAAAGACUCUGAGAAUAACAGGCAGGUCCGCUGCUCCAUAAAGCAAAAUGUCCCUUUUAAGUUGGUUCCUUCUAUUAAAAACUAUUAUUCUCUAGUGACCACAGGACAACUGGACCGUGAACUAGUGUCUGAUUACAACAUCACAAUCACUGCCACUGAUGAGGGCUCUCCACCUCUGUCCUCCUCUAAAACUGUUGAGAAUAGACCGAGAGGAGCACUGUGGGGAAAGGCCUUCGUGUGUGCUAAGGUUCGACCUGCUGUUAGAGAAUCCGCUGGAGUUACACCGGUUGUCUCUGCAGGUGCAGGACAUUAACGACAAUGCACCAGUCUUUCCGAAGGAUGUUAUAAAGCUUGAUAUUAGAGAAUCGGGGGUCAAAGGAGCGAGGUACCGCAUUAAUGCAGCACAAGAUGCCGACAUAGGGCAGAACUCCGUUCAAAGGUACAUCUUGCAACAAAAC